AUGAGGCUUACUAACCAUAAAGAGAGUGAUGGUGGUAAGAAUUUCAGAUUAAAAUUUGGAGAAAAGGUAAUAUCAGGGGCACUUAAAAUUCUCAUUAGAAAUUUAAUGAGAGUAGUUGAGGAUCCUGGUGAAGAGAUGGAAAUAUUAUUCUUACUUAUAAUUUGCGUUCAUUUCCUUAAGUUUAACUCAAUAAGCUCCGAUCUCAAAAAAUAUAUCGCUAGUAGAAUUAAUGAAUUCAAGCAAGCUUUGUAUGUUAAUGAGUAAUUCCUAUAGAAAUAGAAGAAACUUGGAUUGAAAGAAAUGGGAUAUGCUCUUUAUGCUGUAACGGGUGUUGAUUCAUUUGAUCCAUAUGACUAUAAAAAUCGCUGA